UCAAAUUUUACCGCCAUCUGACAAAUCAGAAAAAUGAAAGAAAUUAGUCAGAUCUGAAUUUUGUCAUCAUGUAUUUCAUAUGAAAUAUUUUCAUAUACAUUCCAUUCACCAUAUUACAUAACUAUAAUCGUUUAGUGGCUGAGGUUAAAUUCGUUUAACGAAAAGUUGGUUUUGUGAUAUUUCUGAGGACUUUCAAUCAGCGAAAAUGGCGACUCCCGUUUAUAUUGAAGAAGAACUGGGCAGAAAAUGGGAUAAAUGUUUAUCGGAUGGAGUUCUUAAAUUCGGUGGUGGCCUCUUACUAGGUUCAGUAUUUUCUCUUUUAUUUUUCAAGAGAAGACGAUGGCCAAUUUUGAUGGGAGGUGGUUUUGGUAUCGGGAUGGCAUAUUCGAACUGUGAGCGAGAUAUUAAUGCAACUCUGAAAGGUUGCGAUAAAUGUGCACAGAAGCCUACAGCUAAGUAGCUCCGUACUGUAAGUUCUCGGAUAGAAUACUGCCUCCUGUGUGCUCGUGGGUGAAGUAAAUUGGAAAGUAGUUGUAAAUAUAAAAUUUGUUACACACUCCUAUACUUUUAAUUUCUACAGUUUUCAACUUAUAUUUAUUAUUUAAUGUAAAAUAAAGCUGCUUAGCUGUU